CAUAUAUAUAUAGAAAAAUCGCGCCGUUCGGACCACUAGGUUAGCUCGCUUCCGCUCGCCAAUUAAGGACCGCGGACCGGCUUUUCCAUUGCUUUCGACUUUGCUGGAAUAUAGCUGUACCAGUGAAAAUGGCUUCGUUUGCUGGCGUAAUUCAAGCGCUGAACGACAGGUUCAUGGAGUUUUAUAAGAACAACGACAUGAAGGGUCUCUCUGAGCUCUAUACGGAGGACUGCAAACUCAUGCCUCCAGGAACAGACGUACUGACCGGCAGAAGCGAUGCGGCCGACGUAUACGCGAAACUGCGAAAAGCUGGAGUGAUGACGAUUUUGUUCGAGUCGGAGGAGCUGGGACCGCUGGGUUCUGAAGAUGCUCUUUAUGAGCGCUGCCGUUACACCUUUUUCCGGGAAGACGGGUCCAUUUACGACAACGGAAAGUACGUGGUGGUCAUAAAGAAGAUAGCUGGGCAGUGGCUGUUCUACCUUGAUAUCUUUAACACCAACAGGCCCUCUUAA